GAUACCUUCCUAUUGCCGGCAUUGACACGUGUUCUUCUCUCCGUUGCUACAGACAAAUACUAUCAAUUUUUUUUCCCUUUAAUUUAUAUUUAUACCAUCACCACCUUUCACUCUCUGACAAAUAUUAACUAUUAUAACUAGCUUAUUGCCUACCCCACUCCACUCUCCUCUUCUCCGGCGACUUUCCGUCGUGUUCGAUGGAGGCGAACGAUUCAGCUCCCGGUUUGUACCGUGUCUUAGUGGAUCGCUUUCGCAGCUUGGAGGCCAGUCAUGCCAAGCUUAAAGAAGAGGUUGAUGAGUUGUUGCAGGAGAAGAGAAAAGCUGAUGACUUGUCCACGUUGGAUUCCAUUUGGGGAUACGUUCCUGGCUUCUUCAUUGAGGGGAGUCCGUACAGGAGCGUUUUAGAGUCUAUUGGACAUGCUGUUUAUGUAUGCAAUGUUUCUUCUGGAGAGAUCAUGUAUUGGAAUCAUUCUGCUGAAAAUCUGUAUGGGUGGAAGGACUAUGAAGUCGUUGGACUAAGAGCUGAUGAAUUGCUUGUAGCUGAGGAAUACAAUGCCCCUUUUAGGAGAAUUUUGCAAAGGUUGUUUUCUGGGCAGUCAUGGUCAGGCCAGUUCCCUUUUAAGAAGAGGUCCGGUCAAAUAUUUAUGGCGAUGGUGACAAAGAGUCCUUUAUAUGAGGAUGAUGAACUUGUUGGAAUUAUAACUGUGUCAAGUGAUGCUACAAUAUUCAAUAGUGCAAAUUCAGAAAACCUAAGAACAUAUGAGGAUCGUUGUAGAGUGCGUGAAGUGAACUUGAAGAAGAUACAGUGGCACCCACCGAGACCACAAAUUGCACCAGUGCCACAGAUAGCAGCAUCUGUCUCCAAUCUGGCAUCAAAGCUUCUACAGAGGAUACAUGUGGAUGAUACCUGCCGGGCAGGUGAAAGUUGCAGAGACACGAAGGAUGCAACAGACACCAGAGAUUUUAAGUUAAAGAAGUCUGAUAGAAUGGAAGAAAAACUGAAUCCUGAUUUUCAAAAUGGGAAGAGCACAACCAUGGGAAGAAGCUCUCGGAUGGAUGAAUCUGCAUUUGAAUUUGCUCAACCUUCAAAAAUUGCAGCAAAGUUUUUAUCAAAACUGCAUAUUAGGGAAGCCAGCAACUCUAGAGGUGAAGGUGGAGGUGAUGAAUCAGUAAGUAACAAAGGGCAAAAUGUGCCUAAUUCUCUUAGAGGUUCUAAAGCACCAAUUCUGAGCCAGUGCACGGUCCAUAGUGAAGACAAGGAAGAAAACCUGAGCAAAAAAAAUUUCUCCUCUGCAGCCAAAAGUGCAAUUGCAAAUGUGUAUGAGCAGACAGUUCCAAAUGCUUCUGAAGAGGGCUGUGAUCUAGCUUCAUCAAGUGAAAGUAAUAUCUGUACAUCUCCUAAACCAGGAGAAUCGAUGUCAAGAUUGGGCUCUCAAGAUGUUAAUGAAUUGGAGCCAGAUUGUAAACAGUUUCCUAGUUUAGGAGAGAGCAUUUGUAGCCAUGAAAGCUUAUCAGGCAAACCAGAUAAUGAGUCAAACUGUACAGAGGACCGUGAAAUUCACUGGGAAGACUUAAGACUUGGGGAAGAGAUUGGACAAGGUUCUUAUGCGGUUGUUUAUCGUGGAAUUUGGAAUGGAUCAGAUGUUGCUGUUAAAGUAUACUUUGGGAAUGAAUACAGUGAAGGCACCUUAGAGAACUACAAAAAAGAGAUUGAUAUAAUGAAGAAACUGAGACAUCCAAAUGUACUGCUCUUCAUGGGAGCCGUGUAUUCGCAGGAACGGCUUGCUAUUGUCACAGAGUUCUUACCCAGGGGAAGCCUAUUUAAAACACUUCACAAGAACAAUCAAGCUCUAGACAUUAGACGGCGUUUUAGAAUGGCUCUUGACGUUGCUAGAGGAAUGAACUAUUUGCAUCGCAGAAAUCCACCAAUAGUACAUCGAGACCUGAAAUCUUCUAAUUUACUUGUUGAUAGAAACUGGACCGUGAAGGUAGGAGAUUUUGGCCUAUCUAAGUGGAAGGAGGCAACCUAUUUGACUGCUAAAUCCGGAAGAGGAACACCACAGUGGAUGGCCCCGGAAGUCCUGCGAAAUGAGCCUUCGAAUGAAAAGUCUGAUGUGUUCAGUUUUGGUGUCAUCCUUUGGGAACUAAUGACUGUCUCCAUCCCAUGGAACAACCUAAAUCCAUUACAGGUUGUUGCAGUUGUGGGAUUCAUGGAUAGAAGAUUAGAACUACCAGAAGGACUUGAUCCGCAAGUAGCAUCUGUUAUCCGUGACUGCUGGCAAAGCGACCCAGAUAAGCGUCCAUCAUUUGAAGACAUAAUUCGGAGAAUGUCAGGUCUACUUCAGAGAGAUAUUGCACCGUCAGUUCCAAGGAACACGGAGCAUUGACAAUGCAAUGUGUUGUAGUUAAACGAGUCUCUGGUUGUUCACUGAGGGAGUCAGCAACACCUAAUGUAGAGUUACAGAAUAACUAAUACAAGUCAAUUAGCAUCUAUA